CAUUGGCAGCUUCUUCCGGUGCUUUUAAAGAACGGCGGGACGCUACUCAUUUACCAGUCUGCUGGAGCUUUCUGCUUUCGGUCCGUAGUCAGACUUCACAGCGUGGUUAAACAUGGUGCGGACUAAAGCCGACAGUGUCCCUGGGACUUAUAGAAAAGCUGUUGCAGCUUCUGCUCCGAGGAAAUCUCUGGGCUCUAGUUCAGCCAACUCUCCCAGCAGCAGCAGCAGCUCUGCCUCUACACCCUCCAAGAACAAAUAUGCCGGAGGAAAUGCUGUGUGUCCUCGUCCCACUCCUACCUGGCAGAAAGGAAUCGGGGAUUUCUUCGGUGGUCCACCCAGAAAAACAGAGAAGGAGAACCAGUGUCCAGCACUGGUGGAGGACGAUGAAGAGGCCGGAGGCAGCGGGAUGUCAAAGGCCAACAGGAAGUCCAGGCCUCUGCCUGAUGAGGAGGAUGAGGAAUGAAGAUGAAGGCUCCCUGACUCUGCUCAACCACUGGUUCAUGUACAUCUGUAUAUAUAUUUUUUUUACACUUUGUAUAGUUGAUUAAACAUUUGGUCAUGUUUGGAAGUU